AAAUAUGAGCAACACUUUAUUUCAAGGUGAAAUCACACAUAAAUUAGACAGUUGCAAGGCUUUUUACAAACACAUUAAAUAAAAACUCAAUUUUCAUCAUCUCCUCAAACUUCAGAGAAUGCAGGUAGAAAAAAGAAAAUGUAUGUGUAAGAAGAAAUCCCAAAGCAACCCCUUUGAUGUUUUAUAUUACGUAUAUUAUUUAAAUAAAAUAUAAUCUAUGCUUUGCAUAUAUUUAACAAGCAAACUGAGUCAAUCUCCCCAUAUUAAGACCUCAUGGAAGAUGAUCUGUAUUUCUUGGACAGUAUUAACUAAUGAAAUUAGAAGUCUGUCUUCUAUCACCAAUUCAAGGAAUAUGGAGUCUGUGCAGAAACUUCUUAAACAAACAAUCCUGUCUAUGGAAUUCUUUGCUCCAUCAGGGCCCACCAGGAGCUGCCUUUAAGCAGGUUUUAGCCACACACAUAUAGAGGCACCUUCUACCAACACCAGGCUACCCUUGAAGAUUUGGAGCAUGUGGCUUUUCGUUUGCAUGGUCUCCAAAGCCCCAUGGGGUCAUACUUAGCUAAGAAAAUUAUGUUGCCAAGGGGUGUGUGACCUACGUAAAAAAUAAAUAAGUGAGAGAGGUCAGCCCCACUUUGGUUAUUGUUUUCUGGCUAGGGAUCAUGAUUCCUGAAGCAUUCUAUAGGCCACAGUUAAUUAUACACAAAACAAAAGCAGAUUAUAGACUUUAAAAAAAGAGAAGAUGAUGAAGAUGAUCAAGGUAAGAAUUUGCUUCACUAUAGGCCCAACCUAUCUCAGUUAAUUUCCUGGAAACUGAGAUUCAUAGAGUGUUGUUUGUUCCAUGACUCACGCUUACCUUUAUAAAUGUAUGCUCCUUUCUCACAAUGCCUUUCAGAGGAAUCCAUGAGGGUAAUGCUAUGCAAAAAGCAAACACUUUCUGGCAAGCAUCUACCAAAUGCCAGAGAUGCUCAAGAACUUGGGGUGGGAACAGGGCAGGAGAAGGGGGGUUGUGUAGGUUGAAGAAGUCAAGGAAGCAUAAAGAUUAUAGGCAAACAGUCUACCUUUCUUUACAAGGCCUUGUUUUACAUCCCCAAAAUCUCAAAUUUAGCUAUUACAAUGAAGUCCUGUUGCAGAAAGAGCUGGCUUUUUUUUAUCACCACUUAAAAUCUAAUUAAUCCAUAUUGAAGCACAAAGAUUUCUGUUGUAUUUUAGGGUGAGGGGUCAUAGAGCCUCCUUUGUUCAUCCUCAGACUUGUAAUCAUCAGGCAUUGGGGAUAUAAUUUUACCAAGCAAAUUGGAAGGUAGCAGAUCAAAUGCUUAUCAGAGAACCCAACUCAUGGUUUUAACAGAGUCCUUCGUCCUUUACAUGAAACCUUAUAUUCAGGAAGAACAAAAAUGUCAUUUCAGCUGAUCGCAAAGGGUUAAUGGCAAAAGCUUAUAUUUGGGGCAGCAAAGAACCUAGAUCAUCAUAGAACUAUAUCAGCUACAAAAGAUAGCAGCUCCUAUAGGGGAGCAAGACAGAGAUUACUGGAAAUUUUAUAAUUUGUGACAAUGGUUUUAAUCUUCAGGAGAGUAAUGCAAUUAGUUGGACUUUCAUUAUCUUUGCUAGGAUGGGUUUUAUCCUGUCUCACAACUUACUUGCCACAGUGGAAGAUUCUUAACUUAGAGCUGAAUGAAAUGGAGAACUGGACCAUGGGACUCUGGCAGACUUGCGUCUUCCAAGAGGAAGUGGGGAUGCAGUGUAAGGACUUUGAUUCAUUCUUGGCUUUGCCUACUGAGCUGAGGAUCUCCAGGAUUUUAAUGUUUCUGUCAAAUGGAUUUGGAAUUCUGGGCCUGCUGGUGUCUGGGUUUGGUUUGGAUUGCUUGAGGAUUGGAGAAGAGCAGGCAGAGCUCAAGAAACGGCUGAUUAUCCUAGGAGGAAUUCUGCUGUGGCUAUCAGGAAUUACCGCCCUUGUUCCAGUGUCUUGGGUUGCCCAUAUCACAGUUCAGGAAUUUUGGGAUGACACUGUUCCAGAUAUUGUCCCCAGAUGGGAGUUUGGAGUAGCUCUCUUUGUUGGCUGGGUGGCUGGAUUUUCUCUUCUCCUAGGAGGGUUUCUCCUUAACUGUGCAGCCUUUUCAACUCAAGCUCCUUCGGGCCAUUACACAGUGGCAGAAAUGCAAGCUCAGUGUCCACACCUGGAAGCUGGAAACAGAUCCUAA